AGAGGCCGCAUCCUAGAGGGACGCUACAUCCCAAUGCGGUGGCUCCAACCACCACUGGCCCUGGCUCCAUCUGGUGGUGGCAUGUGAGAUUGCACCUCAACUGUAUGUUGCAGCACAGCUGCAGUCACUGAUUGCAGCACUCAGCUGGAGCUGAGAAGGACCUGAUUAACUGCAGGUUCUGUGAAAACACUCUCGACACACAGACAAGGGGAGAAGGAGUUGGAAGAGCAAAUGAGAAGGUUGUGCUCUCUUUUCUGAGCAGGAUGGACUUCUGUGGAAGAACUGCUAAAAAGGAAACUCUUAAUGAAAUACUUACCUGGGCUACUUACCUCUGUGGCGGCUACCCUGUGGAGAAAACACUGAGUCGGUGAGCACUGUGAUAAAGACUGAAAAGAAGAAUCGUUUUGUUUGAAGAAGAUUUAUUGAAAAGAGGAACUUUUGAUUUCACCUUUCUAAGGAAACAGAGACAUUGUUUAUUUUGAGCCUUGAGAAGAAAAAUCCUUGUUUUGACUUUUGAACUUAAAAGACAUUUUCUGUUAACCCCCUUUGAACAUCAUUAAAAAACCUUUAAUUUGAAACUUGUGUCCUUGCACUGUUUGAACUGUACCGCUGAGAGCCGUGUAGCCUCUCGUUAUAUCACAUAUGGUGGAGGACGCGGGCAGUUCAAACUGACAGUGCAUGAACGACAAGGACACUGAAAAUUUAAUAGCCAAGUUCUCCAAAUUGACAGUAGCCCCUGUAGCCAACAUGGAGGCAAUACUUAAAGCCCUGGUCGAAAGCCAGCAGGUCCAGAUUCAAACCAGUGCUGCUCUUUUAGAAGAGCAAAGGAGGGCCAACAAGCUGAAGACUGAAGAAUUGCAGCUGCAGAAACAGAUGGCCACUCGCAAUGCUCGCCCAAUAAAGGCUGGUGACUUUUUAUCAAAGUUGGGGGCCACAGAUGACAUUGAGGCGUAUUUACAUGCGUUUGAGGCCACUGCCACUAGAGAAGCCUGGCCCAAGGCCCAGUGGGUUGGGCUGUUAGCACCCUUCCUGACAGGAGAAUCGUUAAAUGCUGUCCAGGACCUACCGCCUGACAAAGUAUCCGACUAUGAUACACUAAGGACUGAGAUCCUCAGCAGAAAUGGGAUCACAAAGUUUGGCAUGUCCCAGCGCUUCCAUAGCUGGACCUUUCAACAUGACAGAGCUCCCCGUGCACAAAUGCACGAACUCGCACGCAUUGCAAGGAAGUGGCUGGAGCCGGAGAAGAAUACGGCAGCAGCUAUAGUGGAGACCAUCGUAGUAGACCACUACCUACGGGCACUACCACAAGAUGCCAAGAGGUUCAUCAGUCAGCAGGGGCUGACCACAGCCGACGCCACUGUCGAAGCGGUUGAGAAACACCAGGCCACGGUGGAGAUGCUCCGUGCCAUCAAGAAGGAGCCCAGGAGCGUAACACCACUACUGAGCAUGGGAGGACCCCAGAAGAACCUGAAGACCUCAUAUCUGGGCAGUGCCGGAAAUAGUCAGGCUCAAGCAGGGUCCAGAAGCCAGCCGGGUCUUAGGAAGUCAUCCCAAGAGAGCGACCCAAGACAAUGCUACCGGUGUGGAGAGAUGGGACAUAUAUCCUGGCAGUGUGGGAAACCAAGUGAUGAGCCAAUGCCCACUGCAGGGUCCUCCAGCGCACCCUCCACCCACCUAUAUGCAGCGCUUGUGGGCGUCACAGACGUUACAACAGACCGGCCUCCCACCUGCCCAGUGACCGUGAAUAAUCAUGAUGUGGAAGCCUUGCUUGAUUCAGGGAGUCGGGUCACCCUGGUGCGGAAAGACCUGGUGCCUCCAUCAUGCUUGACCACCAGUAGCGCCCUCCCCAUCUCCUGUGUCCAUGGGGACACCAAAGACUAUCCCAUCACCAAGCUCACCAUGACCACUACCCGGGGAACCAUUCACACCAUGGCUGGAGUGGUUGAUUCCCUUCCUGUUGCGGUCCUGAUCGGAAGGGACUGCCCCGCCUUCCACUCACUGUGGAGAGAGACGCAGGAGCGUCAGACCAGGGCCCUCCGGAAAUCGAAAGGUAAAAGUCAUCGAGUGCAAACCUCAGAGCCACUCAACCCUGCCCCUGCUCUUGUAGGAGUGCUGGACAAUCAGGAUGAUUCAGCGACCACCCCCGACAGUGCAGAGGAGAACGUGGCUUCAGGAAACGCUUCAAGUUCCAGCGAGGAGGAUGCCUGCGAGCUGCCCCCUCUCACAGGCGAGUAUGGCGUUGCACAGUUACAUGACCCCACUCUUGCAAAUGCCUUGAAGAAUGUACAGGUGUUAGAGGGAGUAGUCCUAGGAGGUAGAGCAAGCCCUACUUACCCCCAUUUUGCAAUAAGUCGAGGCUUAUUAUACCAAGUGGGCAAAGAGAAUGAUGCAGUAAUUGAGCAGCUCCUUGUACCACAGCCAUAUCGAGACACUGUGCUAAAUUUAGCACACACACACCCCCUAGGGGCCCACCUAGGAAUGGACAAGACAAAAGAAAGAAUCAUACAACGCUUCUAUUGGCCAGGAGUGCACAAAGAGGUUGAAAAUUAUUGCAGAAGUUGCCCUGAGUGCCAGCAGAAGGCGCCUAAGCCCUCAUACAGGAACCCACUCAUCCCCCUGCCCAUCAUAGAGACUCCGUUUGAGAGAAUAGGGCUGGACAUAGUUGGCCCCUUGCCAAAAAGCUCUAGAGGACACCAGUACAUCCUGGUCAUCGUGGAUUAUGCCACCCGAUACCCCGAGGCCAUCCCGUUGAGGAAGGCCACAUCCAAACAGAUUGCCAAAGAGCUUUUCCUCCUCUCCACCAGUCUGGGCAUACCCAAGGAGAUAUUGACGGACCAAGGGAGUCCGUUCAUGUCCAGAGUAAUGAAAGACCUCUGCUCUUUGCUGAGGAUAAAACAGCUGAGAACGUCCGUCUACCAUCCUCAGACAGACGGCCUAGUCGAGCGAUUCAACAAGACCUUAAAAUCGAUGCUGAGAAAGGCCAUAGCAGAGGAUGGACGCAACUGGGACCAACUUCUGCCGUAUCUGCUGUUUGCGGUAAGGGAGGUCCCCCAAUCUACUACUGGCUUUUCACCAUUCGAGCUCUUGUUAUCUUACAGACCAAGAGGGCUGCUGGACAUCGCCAAGGAGGCGUGGGAGGAGCAGCCAUGCAAACAACGCACCCUGAUUGAACAUGUGGGGGCCAUGAGAGACAGAAUGAGAGCCAUCUACCCCAUAAUCAGAGAGCACAUGGAGGCCGCCCAACGGCAGCAACAAGUCUCAUACAAUAGACCUGCCCAGCCCAGAGAGUUCAAGCCGGGGGACCGAGUGCUAGUCCUAGUACCCACCGUUGAAUGCAAAUUUCUGGCAGCCUGGCAGGGUCCGUACGAAGUAAUAGAAAGGGUGGGUGACGUUAACUACAAGGUGAGACAAACAGAUAAAAGAAAAAAAGUGCAAAUAUAUCAUGUUAACCUUCUGAAAAAAUGGCACGCCAGGGAGGCGCUGUUUAGUUGUCUACCAUCCACAGAGUCCAAGGAACCGGCGAGAGAGGCGGUUCAGGUGGGACCUAACCUUUCCCCCCAUCAGCGGCAGAUGGUGCUGGAGCUGGUUGACCGGAACCAGGAUGUCUUCUCCUCCCUCCCCGGACACACAGAGGUGGUCCAGCAUGAGAUCCGAACCAUCCCCGGGAAGAGGGUAAACCAGCGUCCCUAUAGAGUGCCAGAGGCUCGUAAAGUGGUCAUCCAAGAGGAGGUAAGAAAGAUGCUGGAGCUUGGAGUUAUUGAAGAGUCUAAGAGUGCCUGGGCCAGUCCCAUUGUUCUGGUCCCCAAACCAGACGGGUCAGUACGAUUUUGUAAUGACUACAGGAAGUUGAACGAAAUAUCAGAGUUUGAUGCAUAUCCCAUGCCUCGUGUAGAUGAUCUCGUUGACUCCUUAGGACAUGCCCGAUUCCUGACCACGCUUGACCUCACGAAAGGCUACUGGCAGGUGCCUCUAACCCCCGAGUCCAAGGAGAAGACCGCCUUUGCCACAUCUGAGGGGCUGUACCAGUACACCCGACUCCCAUUCGGGCUCCACGGUGCACCGGCCACCUUCCAGCGAUUGAUGAAUCGAAUCCUUGCUCCCCAUAAAAGGGCAGGCAAACGUCACGGAAACGUGGAUGCUCUGUCCCGGCGAGACGCCCUCUUCGCCUCCUUCCGUCCGACGGGGACGUCGGUCCCGAGGGGGAGGAUGUGUGAUAUCACGAGAGGCCGCAUCCUAGAGGGACGCUACAUCCCAAUGCGGUGGCUCCAACCACCACUGGCCCUGGCUCCAUCUGGUGGUGGCAUGUGAGAUUGCACCUCAACUGUAUGUUGCAGCACAGCUGCAGUCACUGAUUGCAGCACUCAGCUGGAGCUGAGAAGGACCUGAUUAACUGCAGGUUCUGUGAAAACACUCUCGACACACAGACAAGGGGAGAAGGAGUUGGAAGAGCAAAUGAGAAGGUUGUGCUCUCUUUUCUGAGCAGGAUGGACUUCUGUGGAAGAACUGCUAAAAAGGAAACUCUUAAUGAAAUACUUACCUGGGCUACUUACCUCUGUGGCGGCUACCCUGUGGAGAAAACACUGAGUCGGUGAGCACUGUGAUAAAGACUGAAAAGAAGAAUCGUUUUGUUUGAAGAAGAUUUAUUGAAAAGAGGAACUUUUGAUUUCACCUUUCUAAGGAAACAGAGACAUUGUUUAUUUUGAGCCUUGAGAAGAAAAAUCCUUGUUUUGACUUUUGAACUUAAAAGACAUUUUCUGUUAACCCCCUUUGAACAUCAUUAAAAAACCUUUAAUUUGAAACUUGUGUCCUUGCACUGUUUGAACUGUACCGCUGAGAGCCGUGUAGCCUCUCGUUAUAUCACAGUGUGUGUGUGUGUGUGUGUGUGUGUGUGUGUGUGUGUGUGU